AUGUGCUGCCCAGACGUGUUUCCCACCUCUACCUUCCUCCUGGGACUCAUGUGCUUGACAGCUUUCAGCAACUUUGCUAAGACUUCUGCAGACUUCUCAGGUUACAUAUCACAGGUACUAAGGAACUACACUGACCAUGCCUGUGAUGGAGAAUAUGUCUCCCUGAGAUGUCCUCACAGAACCACCAUCAGCAUCCAGUCUUCUUUUUAUGGCCGAAUUGUACCCAGCCAUCAGAUGUGUCCUUCUCGCUAUCCCCACUCCUACGCAACUUUAAUUAAAGAAGAUGUUGCCUGUUCAGUUGGCACUUCCCUUCAGAAGAUGCUGGAUGAGUGCCAGGACAGGCGGAGCUGCCAGUUCCUCGUCAAUAGCCGGCUCUUCGGGACAGAUCCAUGCCCUGGAACCGGCAAGUACCUCAUUGUGUGGUACAAGUGCAGGCCAAAUGAAUACAAGAGUAAAGUAGCCUGUGAAGAUGACAAGCUGAGGCUAAGCUGUAAGAAGAGCAUGGUGAUAGCCAUUUACUCUGCUAUCUUUGGGAGGACACAAGGAGGCGGCCUGGAGUGCCCAUACCAAAACCUAGGGAUACCCAUGAUUGAGUGUCAGUCAGCUACUGCUCUCCAGCUCAUGAUCAAGCGCUGUCAUGGGAAAAGAAGCUGCAGCAUAUAUGCCAGCACCUAUGAAUUUGGAGAUCCUUGUUAUCCAGGCAUCCAAAAGCAUCUUAAUGUCAUCUACACCUGUGUUCCAAAGAAGCUUCUUCAUGAAACUCAGCCAAGACCAAUCAAUUACCAAGGAUAUCAGAAGCCACAUUUUCCAUUGCAGCCAAGAGUGUUUGAUCCUGAUGUUAUAGGGGACGGUGUGUUCCUUUCUGAUGUCUCUCCUUCCAAUAUAGGACGAGCUCUCCCAGCAGAGAAGAAGAAAGGAAGAUCAGCCACUUUCUACCCUCUAGACAACACCCCGCUCCUGCUUCCUGUGGAUGAGACACAACUGCCGGUGCUCACCAGCAGCAUGGAGCCUGUGGGCGUCAGCACGGAGAUGGCCCUGCUCAGCAACAUCCUGGCAGCCUAUGCCUUCAUCACAGAAAACCCUGAGCGGGCUGCUCUGUAUUUUGUCUCCGGAGUGUGCAUUGGACUUGUCCUGACCCUGCUGGCCCUGGUGCUCAGGGUGUCCUGCCGGACGGACUGCAAAAGCUCCUCCUCCAAAAAGCCUCCUCGGGAGCGGGAGAGCGACAGCGACAGCAGUGACAGCGACGACGAUUCGGACACCACCUCGGACCUGUCCGCCCGCAGGCACCGCAGGUUCGAGAGGACUUUGAACAUGAACGUCUUCACUUCGGCAGAGGAGCUGGAGCGGGCGCAGCGGCUGGAGGAGCGGGAGCGCAUCAUCCGGGAGAUCUGGAUGAACGGCCAGCCCGACAUCCCAGGGACCAGGAGCCUCAACCGCUACUACUGAAGUGAUUGGGAGUCCAGCCGUCCUGCCCUGCACCCUGGGGCUGCUCCACACAUGAUAGAGGAGAGGGGAGGAAGGAAUAUUAUGUGGGUGUCUCCCUUUUUCCUAACAGGUGUGCCACCUAGAGCGGUGUGGAUGGACAGUAAUAAAGCUUUCCCCCUCUCCUUCUCCCUUACAUGUUGCUAUCACCCCUCUUCACGGACACUUUCUGGUUUCAACAGAGGUGGUUGCCAACUUCAUUUCUUAGUAGCAGGCAGGAAGGUGACAAUUACAGUCCUCCCACAUGGGAUAUGGUGUUUGGCACGCUGCAAUACGAGUGCUCCUCUCUUGGCUGAGGAGAGAAGUCUCCCAGGAGUUGGCCUUCAUUAAGGAUUUUUUUGGUUUCCCUUUCCUGAGGACUGUGGGAGCAUUGUGAACAAAAUGCCAAAUCUGGAAAGAUGAUUUGAGGAGGGAGGGGGAAGUGCAUCCUGAUGGAUUGUCUUGUGACUUCAGAAGCCAUGAGAUUAACCCGAUUAAAACCCAACAGCAAAUAUGACUUGUUAAGAACUGGG